GGCUAAAAACAAAGAUUUAAAGCAUAAAGCACUGUUUUGAAAUUAUAAGUCAGCUAUUCUGCUCUAAACCUAAAUCUAAAUCUGAAUCUAAACCUACAACCUAAAACCUUAACUUAAAUCUAAACCUAAACGUCAGUUUGUUAUGAGGCAUCUAUCAUACAAUUCAGCGUUUCCUCUUGCUUGUUUUUGCAGAUUGCGUCUCGUGACAUUACCAGCCAUGACGUUCCAUUGAUUUCCUCUGGAGUACUGCCAAAUUUGCGUGGGCGGUGCAACCUUUCAUUGAUCAUAUCUUGUAUCAUGGCUCUACGUCGUGGAAAACGCAAUCUGAGACUGCAGGUCUCCGAUGAAACACCUGUACCAGUGACACCACCAAGAAAUUUAGACAAACGGACUACCAUUACUAUAGACGAAAAGACGUUUGUUGUAGAAGCCGAUGAUUUGGAAACGCUUUGUGUACUUGGUCGUGGAGCAUACGGGAUUGUUGAUAAAAUGCGACACAAACCGAGCGGCACGAUUAUGGCUGUUAAGAGGAUAGCUGCUACCGUUAAUACGCAGGAGCAAAAGCGACUGCUCAUGGAUUUAGAUAUUUCUAUGCGUAGUUCGGCGUGUCCCUACACCGUACAAUUCUAUGGAGCCUUGUUUCGAGAAGGAGAUGUAUGGAUAUGUAUGGAAGUGAUGGAUAUGAGCCUUGAUAAAUUUUACACAAAAGUGUACAAACAUGGUCGUGCCAUUCCUGAAGAUAUUUUAGGAAAAGUGGCUUUUGCGGUAGUAAGCGCGUUACAUUAUCUCUAUUCGCAAUUACGGGUGAUUCAUAGAGACGUAAAGCCUAGUAAUAUCUUAAUUAAUCGGAAAGGCGAGGUAAAAAUUUGCGACUUUGGUAUAUCAGGUUACCUUGUGGAUUCCGUUGCCAAGACUAUCGACGCUGGAUGUAAACCGUAUAUGGCUCCAGAAAGGAUAGACCCGUCGGGUAACCCAUCGCAAUACGAUAUCAGAUCAGAUGUCUGGUCGUUAGGAAUUUCCCUCGUUGAAUUAGCAACUGGUAAAUUUCCAUACGAAUCAUGGGGUACGCCGUUCGAGCAACUGAAGCAGGUGGUGAAAGACGAUGCCCCGAAAUUACCUGCUGGCAAGUUCUCUUCUUCGUUCGAGGAAUUUAUCAAUAAGUGUCUGAUGAAGAAUUAUACUGCCCGUCCAAAUUACAGUCAAUUGCUGGAACUCGACUUUGUCAGAGAACACGCUCAAAAAGAUACGAAUGUGGCCGAAUUCGUCGGAGAGAUUUUAGAUUUACCAGAAAACGAGCAACCGGUAUAGUGCAUACGUUAUUCUGACGUAGCUUGCAAUAUAAUUUGACUUGUAACUUGUAUUUUUUUGCAAGACAGUCACGUGAUGGCAUUGCCAUAUGUGUAAUUUAUAUUAUCGGAUCGCGUUUGAUCAUUGCAUGUCGAGAUAUAACGCACUCGAAGGAUUAUUCCUUUAUUUAUCGUCCUCUUAAGGUUUAUUAUUAUUAUUAUUGUUAAUCGCAUCUGAUACACGUGUAGCAUUUAUAAGUUUGGUCUGAAAAUAAGUAUCCCUACUUUUAAUCUUGUCACAUCGAAACAAACGC